AUGUAUGUUUGUUUUUCGAGUCGUAUGGUAUAUGCCUCAAAUCUCAUUUCGCAGUCUGUAAAUACCUCAAUUUGCAGCCGACCUUGCUUCAACUUUAAAUAUAAAAGAAGCACCGUCUAUAUGUUUAAACCAACAAGAAUGAUAGACACUUUAUCAUCAACAUCUUCGGGAUCUCACACCUCGGAAAUAAAAGAAGAAAAUGAAAUUCAGCGGUACAUCACCACGAACAAUAAUGUUGGUCACCUCGUGCGUGAAUUACUGAGAGAUGCUGGUUCCUUGGGUCCCUUGGAACAGCCAUAUGACCUCAAAACCUACGAGUCUCACCCGCUUCCAGACUCUAGUUUUAAUGAAAAUGAUCCAUGGAAGAUCCCCAUCGAUGCAGAGACUUCACUUCGAUUGGUGGAAUUUGUUGAAAACGACAAAGAAAACCCAAAGAAUAUGGGAACUGCAAGAAAAUGGGUUAUUACAGGUAUCCUUGGCUCCAUCUGUUUCGUGGUAGCUCUCGGUUCAGCCAUUGUCACAGGUGACUUGGAACGACCACGAGAUUAUUUCGGAGUGUCGGAAGAGGUAAUCAUCUUGGCAUCAGUUACAAUGUUUGUUUUAGGUUUUGGUUUUGGUCCUUGUCUCUUUGCACCGCUUUCGGAAGAGGUAGGAAGAAAACCAGUUUACCUUGUAACUCUUUUUCUUGGCAUAAUUUUCAUUAUUCCCUGUGGCCUCGCGAAGAAUAUUGCAACCUUACUUGUAUGCCGUUUAAUUGAUGGUCUUGCAUUUUCUGCUCCCAUGACGUUGAUUGGGGGAUCUUUGGCGGAUAUCUGGAAAGAUUCAGAAAGAGGAAUGGCCAUGGCAAUUUUUUCUGCUGCUCCAUUUCUUGGUCCAGUCACCGGUCCCAUUUUCGGUGGACUCAUAGGCGACUACGCUUCAACUUGGAGAUGGAUAUACUGGUGCUUUUUGAUCAUUGCAGCUUUUUUUUAUGUUCUCCUUGCCUUGUUUGUUCCAGAAACCCAUACAAAUACUUUGCUCAAAAAGAGAGCAAAAAUAUUAAGAAAGAAGACCGGCGACAACAAAUAUAAAGCACUUUGUGAGCUCAAAGUUAGAAGCAUCCAAACCGUGGCCAAGGACUCGUUAUUGCGUCCUUUUGCUCUUUUAAGUGAACUCAUCGUGUUCCUUAUGACAUUGUACAUGGCAGUCGUCUAUGGUCUUCUUUAUAUGUUCUUCUUUGCAUAUCCUGUCAUCUACAUGGAAGGUAAAGGCUGGUCCGCAUCGAAGACAGGAAUCAUGUUCAUUCCUAUUGGAGUUGGAGUGCUUAUUGCAACCGCCGCAGCUCCUUUUUUCAACAAGGAUUAUAAUAGAAGAGCCCAACCUUAUCGUGAUAGAGGAGAGUUGGCACCACCAGAAUUGAGACUUAUUCCAAUGAUGGUUUCAUGCUGGUUUGUUCCUAUCGGAUUGUUCUGCUUCGCAUGGACUUCUUAUGAAAGAAUAUCAUGGGCUGGACCUUGUUUCAGUGGUCUUGCUGCUGGUUUCGGGUUCUGUGCUUUAUACAACCCAGCUAACAAUUAUAUCGUUGAUUCUUACCAGCAUUAUGCAGCAAGUGCAUUGGCUGCGAAAACUUUGGUUAGGUCAAUUUGGGGAGCUUGCGUUCCUCUUUUCACCAUCCAAAUGUACCACAGAUUAGGUUAUCAAUGGGCAAGCAGUUUGAUGGCAUUCAUCAGUCUUGGUUGUUGUAUCAUUCCAUUCUUGUUUUAUAUCUUUGGUGCAAAAAUCCGGAAAUUUUCCAGAUACGCAUUUCACCAAGAAACUCACUAA